CUAACCCCAAAAAAUGGCGGGCAAAAAUUAAAACCCGUUUAAAGGUGUAUAGUUUCUUGUGUUUUUCUUUAAAAAAUAUUAAUAAUGAAAGAAGUGUGGCGUAAAUUAUUGUGUAAAAACAUAGAAUUACAACUUGUUGGAACCCUCAAUGGAGGGCAAAGUUUUAGAUGGAAAAAAAUUUUAAAAGAUGAUAAAGAUGAAUGGGUAGGUGUUUUUCGAAAUAAAUUAUGGAUUCUUCAACAAGAAGAAGAUUACAUUUUAUACAAAGUAUUGGGCGGUAGUGAUAAAAGUGAAAAUAGUGAACAAACAUUAAGAGAUUAUUUUCAAUUGGAUUUAAAAUUGGAAGAUCACUAUCCCAUAUGGUCUGAAAAAGAUCCUUAUUUUAAGGAAGCAGCCAAACAAUUCUAUGGUAUUAGAAUAUUAAAUCAGGAGGUUACAGAGAAUGUUUUCUCAUUUAUUUGUUCCUCUAAUAAUAACAUAUCAAGAAUAUCAAGCAUGGUGGAGAAAUUAGCCAAGUUUUAUGGUAAAGAGAUUUGUGAGUAUAAUAAUGAAAUGUACUAUGCUUUUCCUGAAGUAGAAAAUUUGGCUGAUGAUAGUGUUGAAAAGAAAUUAAGAGAUAAUGGGUUUGGGUACAGGGCCAAAUAUAUUAAUAGAACGGCACAGAUUAUUGUGGAAAAUGGUGGUAAAAAAUGGCUUGAAAAAUUAAGGAAUAUGGAAUAUAUUGAUUCCAAAAAAAAUCUAAUGACACUAACAGGAAUUGGAGCCAAAGUGGCUGACUGUAUAUGUUUAAUGUCCCUUGGACAUUUGCAGGCUAUUCCAGUUGAUACUCAUAUUUAUCAGAUUGCAAAAAGGUUGUAUAUGCCAAAGUUACAUCAGCAAAAAACUGUUACAGAUAAAAUUUAUAAUGAAAUUGGUGAUCAUUUUAGAGAGUUAUAUGGACCUUUAGCAGGUUGGGCUCAUACAGUAUUAUUUUGUGCAGAUCUUAAAAAAUUUCAAGGAAACAAUGAAAAAGAAGAUACAAAUACCAAACCAAAGAAAAAGAAUAAAAAAUAGGUCUAAAAACUUUAUUUUUUUAUUUUAAGUUUAUCUAAUUCUAAAACAUUUUUAAAUAAAACCAAAAAUUGUUCAAUUAUUUUAUUAGCUAA